GGAAUCGUCAUCCCCGGCCCCAGGAGAAGGGAGGGACCAAGAAGAGUCAACCCCCGCCCCCACCUCGAGGGAGGGACCAAGCCCCAACCGUUCUCCGGCUCCUCCCAGGCUCGGCUCAGCACUGGCUGCCAGCCUGGCCCUGCCUGCUGCAGGAGAGGCUCCUCGGAGCCUCCACGCUCACCCGCUCCGGUGGCAACAGGACCAGGGGACUUGCUGGUUAAGCCUUCAGGGGGAUCCCAGAAGGUGGGACACCCCCCUGGCCCCACGCAGGACUCUCCACCUGGCAUCAGGUGGUGACCUCUCGGGGCCACGAUGACCCUCUUCCUGCUGGGUGUGCUGUUCCUGGUUCCAGGUGCCCUCGGAGGAUGCCCCCGGGAAGACUUCCGGUUCUGUGGCCAGAGGAACCAGACUCAGCAGUUCAGCCACCUCCAAUAUGAGCAGACGUCUGAGCUCCAUAUCUCCAUCCAGAACGCCGAGGGGUCCCUGAUAGUGCGUGCCCCCUUCCCGGCAGCCCCCAGGGCUUCCCAGCCCCUCCCUGACCGCAGGGGCCUCUACCACUUCUGCCUCUGCUGGAGCCACCACACUGGGGAGCUGCGCCUCUUCUACGGCAAGAGCAACUUCCUGCUGAGCCGCCAGGCCCAGGGCCUCCUGUGCUUCCAGCACAAGGAGGGGAGAACUGAGCCGGGCCCUCUGAUGCUCGCCAACUCCUACAGAUCCUGGUGGACUGCCGGCAACACCAGCCUGCCCAAUGCCACCAACUUCACCUUCUUCUUCCACAAGCCCCCCCACAAGGCCUCCCAUAAUGCCUCGGUGGACAUUUGUGAGCUGAAGAGGGACCUCCAGCUGCUGAGCCAGCUUCUGCAGCAUCCCAGGAAGAGCCCCAGGAAGCCUGCGGCCACCUCUGCCCUGCGGCAGCUGCAGAGCCUGGAGUCCAAGCUGACCUCCUUGAGGUUCACCGGGGACAGGGUGUCCUUCCAGGAGGACAGGGUCAAUGCCACGGUGUGGAAGCUCCAGCCUGGGGCUGGCCUCCAGAACCUGCACCUCCACUCCCGGCAGGAGAAGGAGCAGAGCGAGGUGCUGGAAUACUCGGUGCUGCUGCCCGGCGCGCUACUCCAGGGGGCGAAAGGCCGGAGGGUGCAGGCUGAGAAGAGGCUCCUCCUGGUGGACUUCAGUAGCCAGGCCCUGUUCCAGGACAAGAAUUCCAGCCAAGUGCUGGGCGAGAAGGUCUUGGGUAUUGUUGUGCCGAACACCAGAGCAGUCAACCUCUCGGAGCCUGUGGUUCUCACCUUCCAGCACCAGCCACAGCCCAACAAUGUGACCCUACAGUGUGUAUUCUGGGUGGAACACCCGACUUGGAGCAGCCCAGGGAGCUGGAGCGACGCUGGGUGUGAGACCCUCAGGAAGGAGACCCAGACGUCCUGCCUGUGCAACCAUCUGACCUACUUCGCAGUGUUGAUGGUCUCCUCUGUCGAGGUGGAUGCCGUGCACAAGCACUACCUGACCCUCCUGUCCUACGUGGGCUGCGUCAUCUCCGCCCUGGCCUGCGUGCUCACCAUCACCGCCUACCUCUGUUCCAGGAGGAAGCCCCGCGACUACACCAUCAAGGUGCACAUGAACUUGCUGCUGGCCAUCUUCCUGCUGAACAUGAGCUUCCUGCUCAGCGAGCCGGUGGCCCUGACGGACUCUGAGGCCGGCUGCCAGGCCAGUGCCAUCUUCCUCCAUUUCUCGCUGCUCGCCUGCCUCACCUGGAUGGGCCUGGAGGGCUACAAUCUCUACCGACUGGUGGUCGAGGUCUUCGGCACCUAUGUCCCUGGCUACAUGCUCAAGCUGAGCCUCGUGGGCUGGGGGUUCCCCCUCUUCCUGGUGACGCUGGUGGCACUGGUAGAUGUGAACAACUACGGCUCCAUCGUCCUGGCUGUGCGCAGGACUCCCGAGAGAGUCAUUUACCCUUCCAUGUGCUGGAUCCGGGACUCGAUGGUCAGCCACAUCACCAACUUGGGCCUCUUUGGCCUGGUGUUCCUGUUCAACGCAGCCAUGCUGGGCACCAUGGUGGUGCAGAUCCUGCGGCUGCGCCCGAACGCCCAGAAGUGGCCCCAUGUGCUGACGCUGCUGGGCCUCAGCCUGGUCCUCGGCCUGCCGUGGGCCCUGAUUUUCUUCUCCUUUGCUUCCGGCACCUUCCAGCUUGCCAUCCUCUACCUCUUCAGCAUCAUCACCUCCUUCCAAGGUUUCCUCAUCUUCCUGUGGUACUGGUCCAUGCGGCUGCAGGCCCGGGGCCACGAGCCUUCCUCCCUGAAGAGUAGUUCGGACAGCACCAGGCUCCCCAUCACCUCGGGCCGCAUGUAGGCCACCCGCCCACCCGCCUGGCAUGAGGUGUGGCCACGCAGCUGCUCCUCACCACGGCCUGACCUGACCCGACCGCUGCGGGAUGAGGCCAUUGCCAUGGUGGCCACGUCUCCAGACCAGGCUUCCCAGUGGGCUUUGGGAUGACUUGGCUUUGAAUCCAGCUCCGAACGGGCUCGGGAAGGGUGGGCCACACCAGGUGUGGGACCGCCCUGAGGUGUCCUAAGGGGACCCAGGCCACGCAUUUCAACUCUGACUGAGGUCAGCCUCUGCCAGGCUCCGGACCUGCAGGCUCCAAGGAGGCAGGAGGCAGCGUGUAUUUUCAGCCCGGGUCCCGGGUCCCGGGUCCCGGGUCCAGGCUCCCAGCUCCAGGGCCGACUGGGGCCGUGUCAGCAUUCUAUGUGGAUUGCCACAUGGGACUCUCAGCCCCUGCCAUUGUGACCCGGGGCAAGGCAGCACCUCAGAGCCAGACCCUUGAGGAAGAGAGCCCCCCUGAGCAGUAGUGGCAGCUCCCCACCUCCAAGUCCAGGGCCUCCCUCCACUAACACCCCAGCCUUCUUGUUCCCCUCCCAGAGUGUCUCCCCAAUACCGUCCUGUCCUGAUGACUUCCCCACUCUUCUCCCAGGGGCUUUCCCAGCCCUCCAGGGCCCCCUAGCCUUUACUCUCACCACUAAGCUCUCCCUACCCUUACCCUUCUCUCCCAGGGGCCCCGUCCCCGCCCCCCUACAGCCCUUACUCUCCCCCUGGAAAUCUCUUCGUCCCAUAGCCAUGGCCUAGGAUCCCAGUUCCCAUGCUGCGUUCUGGGCAGUGGAUUCCAGGAGCUGCCUGGUCCUACUGUGAAUCUGUGCCUACAGGCAAGCCUGUGCUUGUGUAGGCGAUCCAGGCAGGACCGGGCUGCCUGGCCUGGCUCUCUCUGUACACUGUACCACCUUGCUCACGCCUGCCAGCCCGUACGUACCUCGAGGUUUCAGCAGCUCCCGCAGGUCUCUUGGGGGAAGAACUGUGGAGGACAGUCCCCAGCCGUUGUCCACCGCUGCACUUGCAGACGAAGACAGUUCCCUGGGUGACACCAGCCUCGAGCCCAGCGCUCUCUGCAGGGGUCCAAACACCCUGUGCACCCCUGGCUGCCAUCACAGCUGAUUCCGUGAAACAUGCAUAGCCCUGGGCUGUCUGCUGUGUGUCUAGCCCAUGGGCUAGGUGGUGGGGACACGGACCCGGCCUCAGCCCCCUCUGUGAGGCACACACAGGGUCAGCAGCCAUCACCGGUGGCUGGGGAUCCAGGCCGGCUUCCUGCAGGAAGUGGGAUUUCAUCACGGUCUGUAUGCCGGGGGAGGGUUUUCUUUUUAAGGACCAGUUUGUUUGUCUUUUUACUAUUUUAGGAAAUCCAAAAACCAUGUCCACUAUAGAAUAUUUCGGAACUGUAGACAAGGAUGAAGAGGCAAAUAAAACCAGCUGUCUGUCGCUCAGCAAA